AUGCAUCAGAAGAACCUGCUUCUAGUGCUGCUCUUAGUGGUAAUUGGUAGUAUUUUCUACUAUCUUUACAACCUAAAACUAGAACGGGAGCAAACGGAAUCCGUGUCAUCAACGACAUCGCAACUGCAGGCGGUGUUCGAGGCAAAGGUUAUACCCCAACUCGGAGCUCUGGGCCGUCCGGCGAGGGGCAACUGGACGGCAAAGCAGCUGGAGGCCAUGGCACAGAGUCAGCGGGAAACGGGUUACAAUGCCUGGCUCUCGGAGCGCAUAUCACCUGAGCGCACGCUCUAUGACAUGCGGCAUCGCAGCUGUAAAAAGCUUGAUUACCCGGCGAAAAAGCUGCCCUCGGUGAGCGUGGUGAUAACGUAUCACAACGAGGAGGCAAGCGUUCUGCUGCGGACGUUAAGCAGUCUACGUAGUCGGACUCCGGAGCUGCUGCUUCGCGAGAUCAUACUGGUGGACGAUGGCAGCCCCACGGUGGAUCCCAAGCUCAAGGACUUCUUCCAGGUCAAGUUCCCCGACAAGUUGAGACUCCACCGACUGGACACCCAGGUGGGUUUGAUGCAGGCACGAGUGGCGGGCGCCCAGUUAGCCCUGGCUGAUGUCCUACUCUUUCUGGACUCCCAUGUGGAGGUCACACAAGGCUGGCUGGAACCGCUGCUUUCACCUAUUCUGGAGAACAACAAAACCUGCACCACGCCCAUCAUCGAUACCAUUGAUUAUGAGAAUCUGGCCUAUAGAAGGGGCAAGCCUUCGCGGGGCUUCUUUGACUGGGAGUUCAACUACAUACAGUUGCCGCUGCUCAAGGAGGAGGCAGUGGCCAUGCCGGCACCCCACCAGAAUCCCAUCAUGAGUGGCGGACUCUUUGCCAUUGGACGUCAAUGGUUCUUUGAGCUGGGAGGCUAUGACAAGGGCCUAAAAAUCUGGGGAGCGGAGCAGUUCGAGCUGAGUCUGAAACUGUGGCUGUGUGGAGGCAGAAUCCUGGAGGUGCCCUGCUCUAGAAUUGGCCAUCUCUACCGGGAGGGCAGCUUCAAGGUGCACUACACUGACAAGGGCAAGAGCAGUGAAGAGAAGCUGAUAUCGAGGAACUACCGUCGCGUGGCCGAGGUUUGGCUGGAUGAGUACAAGGAUAAACUGUUUGCCAAUAUGCCCCACUUGACUGUGAUCCAGGCGGGAAAUCUGGCCGAGCAGCGGCAGCUCAAAAAGCGUUUAAACUGCAAACCCUUCAAGUGGUUUCUGGACAACUUGGCUCAGGACUUUCUGCAAGUAUAUCCACUCAAAGAUCCUGGUGACUACGCCUUUGGCACACUGCAAAGUAUGUCUUCUCCGGAACUCUGCUUGGAUCGCACGGAAACCGAACCUAGUCGCCCUCAACUGAGUCCCUGCAGCUCGGAUCCCACCUUUCCAAGCAAACCAGAGCAACAGUGGGUUCUUACCAAUCGGUGGGAGCUGCGCUCUGGCUUUCGGUGUCUGGAGGUGCGUAACAAGUCCGUGGAUGUCCACGUCUACCAGUGUCACCGCCAGAAGGGCAAUCAGUUUUGGUCAUACGAUACCAAGACCCAUCAGAUUGUCUUUGGCCAGAAUGCUAACGCCAGGAGGUGUCUGGAGGUGGAACCGGAGAAGCAUGGAGUAACCAUGAGGGAUUGCGAUCCAAAUCAAGCCAAGCAGCGUUGGAAAUUUGGAUAUCAGAAUAACGAGAGACUGAAGCAUUUCUGGGAUAAUGUCAAGACCAAUUAGGAUGAAGUAGUUUUUUUCCUUUUAGGUGCCAAUAGCUAUUACUUAGCUUUUUGUUAUAUUUUAUUUACUCAAGGUUAUCUUUUAUAAUUUUGUAUUUAUUUAAGUUAAAGAAAAGCCAAGAGAUUAUUUUGAUUACUUAUUAAUAAAGAAGCUGUUACAAAUUCUAGGUAAAAUAAAUAAGAUAAUAAUUUUUUGACUUUAAAUACUGU